GUGCGCGAGCCCGAGUUGCCUCUGGGGAAAGAAGUCGCGUUCACUUCAACUGAGCGAAAAAAAACCCCAUUCAACUUUUUUGUGAGCGGAGAUUCAGGAGUGCAACUGUGGUGUUUCUUUAAUUUCUAGAAAGUGCAUUUUUUUCAAAAAGAAAAAAUCAUCCACUAACACAAUACAAAUCAUUUCAUAGGAGGAGCUGCAGAGCAAAAGGAAACAAAACAACUACACAAAAAAAACGCCACUCAGUAGCGUUCCGCGAGUCCAUGUUAAUGGUUUGUAGCAGGACUUUUAAGAAAAGACCAGCUACAAAAUGGACGGAUUUUACGACCAGCAAGUUCCUUUUAUGCACAAUGUACCGAAAACACACGUGGAAGAGCUUCGCGGCAGACAAGUGAACGAUAGAAAAAGGAAAUUUGUGGAGACCGACCUUGCUCAUGAUUCAGAAGAACUUUUUCAAGAUCUGAGCUUGUUACAAGAAACGUGGCUAGCAGAAGCCCAAGUUCCUGAAGAAGAUGAACAAUUUGUACCAGAUUUCCAGUCGGUUAACUUGGUAUUUCACGGACCUCCUCCAGCAAAGAUCAAGCGAGAAUCUCACAGCCCGAAUACGGAUGUAUCCUGCCGUCAUAAGCAGAGUCUCAAUUCUGGCUAUGGAGAAAACUGCCUCUACAGUUAUAGUGCCUAUGAUAGGAAGCCCCCCGCUGGGUUCAAGCCAUUAACUCCACCAGCGACCCCUGUGUCUCCAGUUCAUCAGAAUUCCCCUCUUUCACACCUUCCAUCUGCAGCAGUGCCAGUUUCAGCCCAUGGCCCUACGUCAGUUCCAGUUCAGGCUGCAGUUCCUGCAUCAGCGCAGCAGCAGCAACAGCAAACCUUUGCAGUACCUCGACCUCCCCAACCCGCUCUUCAGAUGUCACAGAACCUGACUGAAUCCCAGUAUGCACCAGAGCACAGGUUCCACCGGCAGAUGUCCGAACCAUGUCACCCGUACCCACCCCAGACAGGAAUCCCCAGUGACAGUCGGCAAGUUUAUCAGCGGCAGAUGUCAGAACCGAUGCCUUCACCAUCUCCUCAGGGCUUCAAGCAGGAAUACCAUGACUCGCGUUACGAGCACAUCGCUACAGGCGUCAGCGGUCCCAGCGGACAGAAUUUCCAAGCCCCCCUCGGAAUUAAACAGGAGCCGAGAGACUACUGCUAUGACUCAGAAGUGCCUAAUUGCCAAUCCUCUUACAUGACGGGAGGAAACUAUUACGCUGGUCCCAAUAAUCCAGAAGGUUUCCCUUAUGAGAAAGAUCCACGACUGUACUAUGAUGAUACAUGUGUGGUGCCAGAUAGGAUUGACCAUAAAGUCAAACAGGAAUCCCCUGUGUACCGGGAAAACUUGCCAUACCAACGUCGAGGCUCCUUACAACUGUGGCAGUUCCUUGUGACCCUCCUGGAUGAUCCAUCUAAUUCUCAUUUUAUCGCAUGGACAGGUCGAGGCAUGGAGUUCAAGUUGAUUGAACCUGAAGAGGUUGCUCGGCGCUGGGGUAUCCAGAAAAACCGCCCAGCGAUGAACUAUGACAAACUGAGCCGCUCGCUUCGCUAUUACUAUGAAAAGGGCAUCAUGCAAAAGGUCGCUGGGGAGCGGUAUGUGUACAAGUUUGUAUGUGACCCCGAGGCACUUUUCUCCAUGGCCUUCCCAGACAAUCAACGCCCCUUCCUGAAGACUGAAAUCGACUGUCAUAUUAACAAGGAGGAUACUGUUCCCCUCACGCAUUUCGAUGAUAAUGCAGCUUACUUGUUGGAAAUGGAUCACUGCAACAACCUCCAGUAUCCAGAGGGCUUUGCAUAUUGACUUGAAUCGAGCAGCCCAAUGUGACUGAAUGCAUCAUUGUCCAGCUGAAAAGAGCAUCUUAUGUGGUACUGUUGCACUCAGCUGUUAGGAAUCCAGCUCUUCAGAACGUUCAAGAGCCUAAAAGUUGUACAGUAGCCUCUCACUACUGAAGAAGCUGCCAUCUGCUUCACUGACGACGCACUAACAAGCGUGACUUAAUACGGCUAAGUCCUCCACGUUGAUAGUUAUGGGGUGGGGGGAAGCCAAAACUGUGUGUUCUGGUGUGGCAUUUGCGAUUGUUCAGCGUGGCAUUCACAGAGCUUGGAUAGACCAUGUGACUGUAGCGUUUGUUAUGACAAUCUGCUUUCCGUUGAACAGUUCUUUCAGCUGCCUUUCUGAUGUUAAAGGGCUUCAACUUGCACAAUCCCACAGUCGUAUCAUGGGUCAGAUUCAAAGAAAACAGUAUGCGCUGUUGCCUGUAGAUCUGUGCCCUGGAUUGAAUACGAACUGGCGCUGUAUUAGGUAGCUAAAGAGAAGAGUCCUGUCUACCUGAGGCUCCAAUACAGAACAGCUUGUAGUUUAUUUUGUUCUUUUUUAAAAAAUGCUUAAAUGUUUUACCUGUUUAAACUCUGAAGUUAUUUGACACCUCCUACACUAUUUUUCCUCUGGCUCCUUUUCUAAACUACACUUGUGUAUGUAGCAAUUUUUAAAAUGGUUUUAAUUCAGUUCUUCUCAAAUGGAUGAAGAGCUUUAUUCAGGUUUACCACUGCCAUUUGAUUUUUUUCCUCCCACUUCUGCCCCAUCCCAGUUCUGAUGCUUAAUCUUUCUACAAUAGAAAAGGCUGGAAUCAAUUCUUUGCUCGAUCCAUCUCUAGGGAAGCCAUUGCAUUCAGUACCUUUGUGUACAAAUUGUUUCCGUAAUGAGGUUAUGCUUGUAAUAUUUUGAGGUGGGAGUAUGUGGGGUUGGGUAAAAGGAAGCCAUCAACAGGUAUUUUUCAAAAUUUCAGAAGUGUAUUAAAUUUUGAAGCUUUUUUGUCUUUGUAUUUAAGGCAAAACCUUUUUGUUAAUGGCAUGGCACUCUGAAGUAUAGAGUUCCAAUAUUUUGGUGAUAAUGUUACAGCUUUAAUCAAGGGGGUUAGGGCUUUUACUGUGUAACACAGUUAAUCCUGCUGCAGGUUUUAGAUGCCUGCUUAAGCUUUGCACCGUUAACUUUCCACAAUUUAAUGUUUGAAAAUCUAAAUAUAGGUAUGACUGUUUCUGCACACAGUAUCUUGCGAUGGUACAUUGCAAUUGUAUAAUUACAGCAUAUCCUCACUCUUUCAGUUCUUUAUAUUUUAUGUAUAAAGUCCCCAGGGUUUAUAUUAUUGGAAACAAAAUUAUUUUUACACCAGAUCUCAAUUGUUUUUAUUUUAGGGGUUCAUUUUUUUUCUUGCUUCUACUCUUAAAUCGUAUGCUGCAAAGACCAAUUUAAUGGAUGCAUUAAUUGUGGAAACCUUGCAGCAUUUCUUUUCAAAUUGUGUUGUGCAUUUAAAGGAAACCCUGCCUUGUACACCAAAUAAAUGUUUCAUCUCGAUUGUGUACAAUAA